AAUGAACAAUUAAUGUCUUCUUUCCAGGAAGAAAUCUGGAAGCUUUUUUGCUGCUCCGUUGAAUAUGGGAUUAUAAAAUUUUUUAAAAUUGCACAUAGAGCAUCUCUUUCAAAUGGAUAACUUCUGAAACUGGAACUCUUCAUUACCAACUUCUUGCAUCCUGGAGGGGAAAAUGAAUUUCACAAAUUGCACCACUGAAGCCAGUGAGGCUGCAAAGCCAAAGACAGUAACUGAAAAGAUGCUCGUUACCCUGACCUUGGCCACAAUCACAACCUUGACUAUGCUGCUGAAUUCUGCUGUAAUUGCAGCAAUCUCCACAACCAAGAAGCUCCACCAGCCGGCAAAUUAUCUCAUAUGUUCACUGGCUGUGACAGAUCUCCUUGUUGCUGUUCUCGUCAUGCCCUUGAGCAUCACUUACAUAAUGAUGGAUAAAUGGACUCUGGGGUACUUCAUCUGUGAGAUCUGGCUCAGUGUGGACAUGACCUGCUGCACGUGCUCAAUCCUUCAUCUGUGCGUCAUCGCGCUGGACAGGUACUGGGCCAUCACGGACGCCAUCGAGUACGCCAGGAAGAGAACGGCAAAAAGGGCCGGGCUGAUGAUAGUCACCGUGUGGACCAUCUCCGUUUUCAUAUCAAUGCCCCCCCUGUUUUGGAGAAACCACCACAGUGUCACUAUUCCCAGCGAGUGCCGCAUUCAGCAUGACCACGUCAUCUACACUAUUUAUUCCACGUUCGGGGCAUUUUACAUCCCCUUGACUUUGAUCCUGAUCCUGUACUACAGAAUUUACCACGCUGCAAAGAGCCUUUACCAGAAGCGGGGUUCAAGCCGCCACCUCAGCAACAGGAGCACCGACAGCCAGAACUCUUUUGCCAGCUGCAAGCUCACACAGACGUUCUGCGUCUCGGACUUCUCCACGUCUGACCCAACCACAGAGUUUGAUAAAAUCAACGCGUCCGUGAGGAUCCCUCCUUUUGAGAAUGACAUGGACCCGGCUGGAGACCGGCAGCAGAUCUCCACGACACGAGAACGAAAGGCUGCUCGCAUCUUGGGGCUGAUUUUAGGUGCUUUCAUUUUGUCCUGGUUGCCCUUUUUCAUCAAGGAGCUGCUUGUGGGCCUCCACAUUUGCACUGUCUCUCCAGAAGUAGCAGACUUCUUGACCUGGCUUGGGUAUGUCAACUCGCUCAUCAACCCUUUGCUGUACACGAGCUUUAACGAGGAUUUCAAGCUGGCCUUUAGAAAGCUCAUCAGGUGUCGAGAGCAUACUUAAAAGUACUGAGAGAUGAUGAUGCUGGCAUGACUCCUGGCCUUAAAAAUGAGCAAAAUUAUUUGACUCUGCCACUGUUUCCCUUGAUAAAGGGGAUUUUUGUGUUUGCCUAUCUUCUUGACUGUUCUUCAGCCUGUAAUUCAUUAUGCCAUUUUUUAAUCUCUAGUGAAAUUCGUAGUAAAAGGUUUGAAAUAAAUUUAUUCUACAAAGGAAAAGAUUUUUUAGAAAUGCAACAACAAAAAAUAUCACUAGUAUUAGGUACUCAUGUCUCUAAGACAUUUUGUGUAAUCGAUGAUUCAAGAAGAAAACAACCAAAUUCACUUUUAUACUUUUUCCAUUUAAGAAUCAAACAUCGAAAUUAUGUACUGUAUGAACUAAACCCCAUAAAUACAUAUUGAAAAAUUAAUAAACACUUCAUGAUCAUGACAGUUAAACAGCACCUCUUUACUACGGUGUUGUGAAAAAGCUGUAACAGCCAUUUAGGAGGAAAAUUACCACCAUUUCCACCUUGGGUUGAGGCAGAGUAAACUAUUCCUUUUUUCAGAAAUACACUCCCAAAACAGAAAGCAAAGUUCAGUUCAUUGCAUCUAGAAAUGAUCCCAUUUCAUAACCCAAAGGCAUUUUUUAAAGUGUCUCUCUUUGUGUAAUAUUCCAGAUUUGCAUUCAAGGUAUUGGGCAGACAGUUGUGAGAUUGUUUGGCAAUUGAGAGGAUGCAGCUAGCAAGUGUCAUACUUGUGAAACUAACUGCACAUCUGAGCAGUCACACUUCCAAUACCACUAACCCUAUUUCUUCAGGCCUUGUGCCUCAGUCAGUUCUGGGGUGAUAUUUUUCACUUGUGCCACACUUCACCUGAAUGUUGUGGUGCACAACCCCAAGGAUCUAUGGAUCUUACCCCCACCAACUCAGACAACUGGAUAUCUUCUCAGCAGGCCAGCUAUAUACAGAAAUUAAAAAACAUCAAUUAAACCUAAUUAUUUCUGAAUAUCAGGAAAAAAAUUCAGUAAAAUAAUUUAUUUUAAAUAGCAGUCUGCACAUAUGCCUUGUUCUCAUCUCAGAAUUUCCUGUGGCCGUCUUGCCCACCUAACCUAUGGUCAGGUGCUCUGGUAGGAUUUCUUGCUCUGGGAGUCCUUCACAGACCUACUUCCCUUGUCCUGAGAGUCAAAAAGUCCUUUGUAUCCUAUCUUUUCUGCUUAUGGAAGUUAAAAUUUUCUGAUUCAAAUUAAUUGUGGAAAUCAGUCUGGGAAGAGGCAAAAUCAAAGCUGAGAAUUUGGUAUUGUCCAUUUGAAACUCCUAAGCAUGAUUUAAAUAUUUAUUACCACCUUGCACCCUUUGCUUCCCUGUCUAUUUUUCUGGACAAAUUCUUUUUGAAUUACACCAAUACACAACAAAGGCAACACCACAUAUGUCAACCUGACAUCCAAUAAAUGUGAAAACUAUAGUAUGGUGGCUCCAAAUCCAUCAAAACAAAUACUAGAGGUAGCAAAAGUGUUGUAACAGCACUGGAAGCCAUCUCUGAAAAAUGUUUUGGAAAUUUACAAGAUGACAAUCAUUUUUCUUAUCAAGAGUCAAGGAAGUGUAAGUAAUAUGUGGGUAAUAAACUGCAAAUGGAACUGGGAAAUGACAUCCUUAUUGGUGAGAGAAAGCAUUUGGCUGGAAAGAUGCAGUGCCACAAGCUGAGUGCAAACCAAGUCUGAAGGUGACAAAAGGGUGACCUGCUGCUUACCCACAUGCAGUGGGACUCUUCUUCCAGGAUUCCCUGCCUGAGUUUGAGGUCCAACUCCAGCUGUUCUUCUGAAGCUGCUGUUGCAGUUGCCUCCAGCAGAUACCUUUGGAUUCCCUACUAGCAAACACUAAUACCUAAAAAGAGAGGAAAAUUACCUCAGCCACUAAAAAUUUCUUUUAGUGAGGAAGCACAGACAUCCGUUGUGGUUUUUCCUUUUUGCAGUUUGUUGGAGGUGGAAAUUGUUGAUUGGAAUCAGGGAAGUGUGUCCUGACCCUGCCUAUCAACAAAGCUUCCAAAACAAUUCCCCAGGGUUGAUAUGCUACUAAGAAAAAAGAAAAACAAACAAACAAACAAACAAACAAACAAACCACCCUGGAAAUUAAAAUAAAAAUGUGGUAUUUGUAAGAAGUGCUGCAGCAUAUUUUUUUUUCUUUCAGAAAGAACAACAGAAUUUAUUAUUAAAGAACAAGGAUUCAGCACAAUUUCUGAAUUUCAGAGAAAAUAGGACAUACAAGCAGUUAUGGCUAGAAGAGAGUAGAUUUUGGUGUCCCUUAGGUGCACAAGGGUGGCCAGCUGCUGUGAUGACCAGAAAGGGAAGAGUGAAAGUGCAAGACUGCCCCAGCAGAGUGUCAGAGC